AUGUCAAGCAAAAAAUCAAAUAAUUGGCAUUGGGACGAGAAGAACUAUGGCAAGUGGAGCCAAGAAUAUCUAUCUAAUGCUCUUAAAGGCAUAAAUUUCCAGGUCUACUGUUCACCACUAACCAUAGACGCAAUAGACUUCAAUGGCCAUACGACUGUAUCAAUGCGUAAGGGAGCACAAAUUGUGACUUAUGAGUAUGAAAUCAAGGUAAAUUGGUCUGUCAAGUUGACUAAACCUGUUGAAAGUAACUGUGAAAACAUUAAUGGGUUAUUUGAGAUUAAAGAGUUUGACACUGAAAAUUUGGAGGAUGAAAGCUACGUUCUUAGCGCCAAAAUUAAUUGCCAUGAUACCCACACUUCGGUGUUGAAUGAAUUGAAGAACAAUUACUUUAAACUAGUGAAGAAAGCGUUAUCCAAUUUUACGAAAGAUUUAAAGGCGCAUGACGCUAGCAAAAUAUCAAUCGAAGAGGAUAUUAAAGGGAAAAUAACAGAGCGCGAAAAACCAGCAAUCCUCAGUCCCUCGCCACCACCUGGAAACACCGUCUCCGCCUGGAAUCACAACGGAUAUCACUGGGAAGAGAAACCGAUGACUAAGUGGUCCCAAAAUGAAAUAAAGCGGCUACUAGAAUCUAAGCCAAUAACAAUAUGUUCUACAACAAUUACACUGAAGGACGUAAGUGCCACAGGAGAGUCAUCAGUAACCAUAAGGAGGGGAAACAAGGUUAUAUACUAUGAUUUUGUGAUAAAGGCCAAGUGGGAAGGUAGCGAUGGCUGUGAAGGAAGUUUGGAGACCAACAAUUUUAACUCUGCAGAAAAUGCUGACAAAGAGAUUGAUGUUUCAGGGGAAUUUGAAAUAACAUACGAAGUGGAGAAAGGGAGUGUAGAUACACAAAAAAUCACAGUCGAAGUAAUCAAAAGGUUAAAUGAGUAUAUCAAUUUGCUUAAGUUGAAAUAG